CCCCUUUGCUCACCGGAAGCUGUGUUGUUUACAUUUUACAAGAUGGCGGCGGGGAUGUAUUUGGAGCAUUAUUUGGACAGCAUCGAAAACUUGCCCUUCGAGUUGCAGAGAAACUUCAAUUUGAUGAGAGAUUUAGAUCAACGCACAGAAGAUCUUAAAGGACAGAUAGACUCCCUUGCAAAAGAAUACACUUCAAAUGCUCGGACCCUCUCCUCAGAGCAAAAGCUGUCCAUCUUGAGGCAAAUUCAGCAGUCGUACAGCAAAUGCAAAGAGUUUGGAGAUGACAAAGUGCAGCUGGCCAUGCAGACCUAUGAGAUGGUUGACAAGCAUAUCAGACGUCUUGACACAGACCUGGCCCGAUUUGAAGCUGACCUGAAGGAAAAACAGAUUGAGAGCACAGAUUAUGAUUCCACCUCCAGUAAAGGAAAGAAAGCAGACACCAGACAGAAGGAAAAGAAGUCUGCUAAAACAAGAUCUAAAGUGAAGAGCUCCGAUGAAGACGGAAGUCCCAAGAACACCCAAAAGAAAGUCAAACUCCUUCAAACGGGAGAAUUCAACAGCCCCUCUUCCAACUUUGGGAAUGUGCACCCGUCUGAUGUGCUGGACAUGCCGGUGGACCCCAACGAGCCCACCUACUGUCUAUGCCAUCAGGUGUCCUACGGCGAGAUGAUCGGCUGUGACAACACUGAUUGCUCCAUUGAGUGGUUCCACUUUGCGUGUGUGGGUCUGACAACCAAACCAAGGGGAAAAUGGUAUUGUCCACGCUGUUCUCAAGACAGAAAGAGAAAAUAAAGGCUGCCUGGAAAUCCUGGAACACUGAUCUGAUGGGAAAAAACAUGUCUUUAUUAAUUGCUAGAUUUUUUUGUUUUCCAUCUUCCUUAACAUUUGGUGCUUCUUUUGUUUUUGUAUUUGCCUUGAUGCAGUGUGUGAAGGAUCUGGCUAUAGGUGUAUUUAAAACUGUAUUUUCUUAGUUGGUGCUCUUAUUGCAAUUCCUUUUUUACUUUGUGUUUAAACACUACAACUGCCCUACUUUAACGGUUCAAAUUUGCAUGAUACUUCAUACUGUAAUGACAUGCAAUUUAAGUAGUUUCUCUGAAAACGACGUGGCCAUUUACAAUUGUUUGCCUUUGUUGUAUACUUCUGUUUUACCAAGCCAUGCAGAGCGAGUUUCACUCUUUUUUUGUUGUUGUUGUUGUUUUUACAGUUUAAAGUGGACAAAAUAGUGUGACAACACGCUGCAUCCUGAAAGUAUUAGUCAUCUUUUGGUAGUGAUUCAUUUGAGCAUUUUGAUUGAGUGCUGUUUAGAGUGCGAGGCAUUUUUGUGAAAAGAAUAUUGAUGUAGCUGGUUUAUUGGUACAAGGGGGAGGGUGUGAUUGUGUUAUCAAUCAUUUAAAUACAGCUACUACCUCAAACUGUG